AUGGGUCAAGCAGAAAGCCACAAAGAGAUGGAUUUGGAGCAAAUUCAGGAGCUGUGUAUGGCUUUUAUGAAGGAGUGCCCGAGCGGGGCUUUGCACCUACAUGAAUUAAAACGGAUCUUUGGUAUACCAGCCAGCUGCGAGGAAGAGACUUUGUACAUUGAGACUGUCUUCCAUUCAUUCGACACAAACAGGGAUAACGCGUUGGAUUUUAUGGAGUAUACGGCCGCUCUUCACCUGAUAUUGCGGGGGAAUCUUGAGGAUAGGUUAAAGUGGUCCUUUAAAAUCUACGACAAGGACGGGAAUGGCAAGUUAGACCGAGAAGAGGUGAAAAACCUAAUUCGGAUCAUCUACAAUAUCAAGAGGCAUGGGAACCCAUCUGAAACGGAGAACCUGACCCCUGAUCAAAUCACUGACCGGAUCUUUGACCUGGUGGAUAAGAAUAAAGAUAGCCAGAUUUCCCUGGAGGAGUUCCUGGAUGGGGCUCAGAAGGACCAGUGGGUGCUGGACCAGCUCCAGCUGGACAUAAGGCCCUGUGGGUGGUUCCUAGAAUAGCAGAGGAAUAAUGUGGAGGAAGAACUGCAGAGGAAGAACAACAAGUGACCUUCAAGGGAUUGGAUUCCUACAACGAUAUUUGUAAGAUAUAUAGACAAUAUAUUGAUAUGGACAAAGGACAGAGCUAUUAACAAAACGCAUGGUGCCAUAUCGUACAAUCCUGUGAGAGAGAUGAGAGAUUUGUGGCUGGGUUUAAAUUCGAGAUGACAUGAAGAUUUCCCCCUUUU